AGACACCUGGCCGCUGCCUGCUGAGGCCUCCGGCGAGCAUCCCGGCGCGCAUCCCGGCCUCAGUGUCGGGAACCCGGUUCCAGCCCCGGCGCGUCCGCUUCUGGGUGCGUCACUGGACGGGACCAGUUACCACGAGAGUGAAGACUGUAGCUCUGGCCCCGGAAGUCUUCCCUGGUCUUCUGAGCAGCCCCUGUGUGCAGAAUGCCCCACAAGAUCGGAUUUGUAGUGGUCAGCUCUUCUGGACAUGAAGAUGGCUUCAGUGCCCGGGAACUAAUGAUCCAUGCACCGACUGUCAGUGGCUGGAGGUCACCAAAGUUCUGCCAGUUUCCACAAGAAAUCGUCCUCCAAAUGGUGGAGAGGUGCCGGAUAAGAAAGCUGCAGCUGCUUGCUCACCAAUACAUGAUCUCCAGCAAGGUCGAGUUCUACGUCAGUGAAAGCUUGCCUGAGUACUUGGUGCCCUACCAAGGAGAGCGCUUCCGCAGACUGGGCUACGUCUCUCUGUGUGACAAUGAGAAGACAGGCUGUAAAGCCCGGGAGCUGAAGUCUGUUUACGUGGAUGCCGUGGGGCAGUUUCUCAAAUUGAUUUUUCACCAAAACCACGCCAACAAGUACAACAUAUAUAACCAGGUGGCUUUGGUUGCGAUAAAUAUCAUUGGAGACCCUGCAGAUUUUGGUGAUGAAAGCAACAUUACCUCUAGAGAGAAGCUGAUUGACCAUUACCUUGGCCACAGUCCCCACAAUGAGGACCCAGCCCUAGAGGGAACUUUUGCUGGGAGAUCUGACUAUAUCUCUCCACUUGAUGACUUGGCAUUUGACAUGUACCAAGACCCUGAAGUCGCUCAGAUCAUCCGCAGGCUGGAUGAAAAGAAACGGGACGCUGUCAAGAAGGAGCGCUAUGACCAUGCAAAGAAGCUGAAGCAGGCGAUUGCUGACUUACAGAAGGUUGGUGAGCGCCUGGGGCGCUAUGAGGUGGAGAAGCGCUGCGCAGUGGAGAAAGAAGACUAUGACCUGGCCAAAGAGAAGAAACAGCAAAUGGCACGCUACCGUGCCCAGGUGUAUGAACAGCUGGAGCUGCAUGGCCUCCUGCAGGGCGAGCCAGAGAUGCAGAGGCCUUUCGCUUUGCCCCUCCAGCCCCUUGCGUCUCCCAGCAGCCCCCAGCACUGGAAGGCCAUGUCCUCACACCCAUGCACAGAAGAGCUGGCACCAGAAGACACAUUUGCAGGCCCUGUCCUCCGGGAAAAGCCUUUGGCAUAUACCUUGGCAUCUUCUCCUCGGCAUCCGGCAGUGGACCAGUCCCCGCCUGCCGCAGGCCCUGCACCUAGGAGCCAUGUGGACGUCCUGCCCUACGAUGAACGGCCUCUUCCUAUCACUAGAAAGCAGCUGGGGGAAGCUUCCGCAGAGCCAGAAGUGAGACAGGCAGACAGCAGUGAUGUCCGGAGACGGGGUGUCUCAGGGGAGCCAGAGCCCUUGACAGAGAAGGCCUUGAGAGAAGCCGGUUCUACCAUCGACACCUUAGGCGAAGCUUUGGUGGCUGGGGCCUAUUCCAAGACAUGGUCCUGCCGAGAGGAUGCACUGCUGGCAUUGUACAAGAAGCUGAUGGAGAUGCCUGUUGGGACCCAGAAGGAAGAUUUGAAAAACAUACUCAGAGCAUCUGUCUUUCUCAUCAGAAGAGCCACAAAGGACAUUGUGACCUCAGUCUUUCAGGCUUCAUUGAAAUUGCUGAAAAUGAUAAUUACGCAGUAUAUUCCCAAGCACAAGCUGAGCAAACUGGAAACAACACACUGUGUGGAGAGAACUGUCCCCCUUUUACUCACCAGAACCGGAGACUCCUCGGCUCGCCUCCGCGUCAUAGCUUUGAAUUUCAUCCAGGAAAUGGCCUUGUUUAAUGAGGUGAAGUCUCUCCAACUCAUUCCGUCUUACCUGGUGCAGCCGCUGAAGUCCAAUGUUUCCGUUCAUCUGGCAAUGAGCCAGGUGGACCUUCUGGCCCGGCUGCUGAGAGACCUGGGCACUGAGAAUUCAGGCUUCACCGUGGACAAUGUGAUGAAGUUUGCACUGAGCGCCCUGGAGCACAAGGUAUAUGAGGUACGAGAGACAGCGGUCAGAAUCAUCCUGGACAUGUACAGGCAGCACCCAGCCCUCACCCUGGAGCACCUUCCUCCAGAAGACAGCAGCACACGCAGGAAUCUUCUCUACAAAGCCAUUUUUGAGGGGUUUGCUAAGAUAGACGGCAGGCCAACAGAAGCUGAAGCCAGGGCCCAGAAAAGAGCAGCCACAAAAGAAGCCGAGAAACAGAAGAAAGAAGAGAUGAAGGCUCUGCAGGGCCAGUUAUCAGCACUGAGAGAGACCCAUGCUGAAGCCCAGGAGAAAGAGGAUGACAUUGUGAAGCUCAAGAAUCAAGACCCUCAAGGAAGGAAAGCUGCCCCACCUGACACUCCGGAAAUCCCAGAUAACCACUUUUUGGAUAAUCUUUGCAUCUUUUGUGGGGAGAGGAAUGAGUCCUUCACAGAAGAGGGCCUGGACCUCCACUACUGGAAGCACUGCCUCAUGCUGACGAGAUGCGACCACUGCAGGCAGGUCAGGUGCCGAGCACUAGGACAUCCAGGCUUUGAGAAAAAGACCAAAGCAUGGGUAGCCCAGAUCUUUGAAGCUUGAGAGGGAAAGUCAUGAGGAGAGCAGAGUGGCCCAGAGUAACUGGCUCUGUCAGCCACAGUUUCACCACCCACAACCCAAGCUAUCCCCCUCCCACUUUGAUGUCAUUUACAAAAGCAUUUGUUACUUGGACUUUGUGUAGGUGGAGCCUGCAGCUUGGGCCCAUGCUCUCCUAUGUUGGAUUGCCUGCUGCCAUGUCUGUGCUCUGCCCAGACGAUAACUGAUUCAAACCCUUUACUGUCUCAGUUUGGGACUGCUGGGAAUAGCUUUGCUACUGGCAGUCUCAUGUUGCAUUACUCCUGGGAAACAUAAAGAAACAUCCAUUGUCCCCAGCUAAGACACUAAUUAGGAUCCUCUAAGUCCAACUUACCAGUUAAUAGCUACUUGUGGCUGACUCUUGAACAGUUGCAUCACUGAAAAGUUUUCCCACCCCCCCAACCCUCACAGUCAAACUUCCACUUACUGUCUACUACGCUAUACCACAAGAUCAUGUGUGGCUGGGGUAGGACCAGGGAUGGUGAGUGGAGCCUCAGGGGAUGGAAACAGCCCCGUGACAGUCACCCAGACCUGUUGAUCAUGAGGGUCAUUUCUUACUUCGUUAUUAUAACUGUGGGGCUAGGGUACUGGUUCGUAGGUCACCAUAAUCUCUGCCCAGAGGACACAGCCACACUACAGCCCACAUCCUCCUCCAAUGCGCGGCUUUUUUUCUGCCCUCUGCUACUGUGUCCCCUGAGCCUUGUGGGGUGAUAGAGAUUCGUUCCUUCAAUGUGUAAUUGAGCAGUGGGUUACCAUACUGUUAGGUGGAAACUGAAACCAAAGGUUUACACCAACACUACCUAAGCAAAGAGACUAUUCACACUCCAUAGACAGAGGCCAGGGCACAAGGGCACUGGGGUCCAUGCAGGGCUAAAUGAGCUAGCGCUGGCUUGUAGACAUUAUCUGCAGUACUGGUGCAUGAAUUGUCUCUUCUGGGCAGUUGAACUUCCCUCUUUUGUCCCUUAUAUGACCCAGCAGUCGCUGGGACAAGGUUGUACAGUGAAGACAGUACUUUUCCACUUAACCAAGGCUCAAAGACAGUAGAGUUAAGUGAGGAGCCAUUUUUGAGCUAACAGCCUUAUUAAGUUUGUCCUUCUGCAUGCCACAGUAGCAGACAUAGAUCCUCAGCACUUAGACCCUGUGGGGCUCUCUGAAGUAACUGGCACUUGUAACAAAAAGAGCUGCCUUUGACCACCGCUCACAAUAGCAGUAAUCUAAAGACAGAAACACAAAUGCUCGGAAGACAAUAUGGCAGACAUACAAUUUGAGAAAAAGAGGAUCUAUGAUCCCAGCUCACCUGAGUUCUCUGCUGUAGAGUUGGUUGUACCAUAGAACUCGGGCUUCCGUUGCGCCAGCAGGACCUGGCAUGUUAUACCAUAGCAGGCAAAGUUCAUGCUGUACAGGACCCUUUGUGAUGGUCCUCCCCAGUAGUCUGCAAAGCACUUUCUGCACUACUGAAGCCAGCCAGUGGAUUCCUCCAUGUCUUUCUAUUAGAGCUUGUGGAGUCAUUAGCAGGAGGAUGCCUUCUGCUUUUAAACCCUUUACCUGGGUUGGCUGUAGCUUACUUGGCUGUACCUUAUUUGGCUGUAGCCAGGAUGCUUUUCUAGGUCUGUUAGAAGGAUAUAAUGAGACCUUUUUUACAGAGUAGGGAGGUUUCAAAAGGUCUCUUGGAAAGAAGCUGGGGUGGUUUCCACCCUUGAUCUUUGAUUUCUGCACAGCAACGGGCAGAGGCUCUGCAGCCUCUCCUAGUCCUCUGUCCUGCAGAGGCUCAUGGGGAUUGUCUGAGCCUCCAUCUCCAGCAAGUAGCCAGGUGAUGUGCACUACUGUGGCCUACUUCCAGUCCUGUCCCCUGUGUGCUGCUUGAAGGAGUGUCCUACAUGCUCUGAUGGAGUUCCAUUUUCAGGACCUCCUGUAAAAAGGCCUCCUGCCCUGUGCCACAUGAGGACAGAUAUAUUGAGACUCCCCUCAGGUGUUUCCACCCUUGGAUGGCUCAGCCUCAGUUGCAGACGCCUCUUAUUACCCAUAACAAGCAAUGCAGCUGCUUCUCCAAGAUUCUUUUGACUCCAUCGUGACUACAGUCAGGCUCUGAUUUGCUGUGUGGAUUUUCCUAGGGAGAUGUACAGGGCAUCUGUUCACCCCUGAUAGGAUACCAGCAAACAGAAACAGUUCUACCCAGCAUGGUGAGCCAGUGCGUUUCCUGGGUCUACUCACAGCAGCUCACGGUAGAGCUCACAAAAGCAGGACCAGUGGAGUGCCAUCCUCAGUUUACCUUCUACUUCCUACACACUGCUAAAGGCCUCCUCAGGAUGACAUGCAGCUGGGGAGCAGGACCUGGCGUGGUGGUGGGAUCUCAGGAGAGGGCUGCAGCUUCGUCCAUUACCAUGGAUCAAACUAUCUAUCACUGUAUUGUUUUGCAUAAUUUCAUUGCCAUAACUAUGGGUUAUUGUGGUGAUACAUUUUUUAUGAUUUAUUAAAGCUUGCCUGGGAUUCAGAAAGCAAAGCCAGGCACACACCUUUAAUUCCAGCAGCCAGAAGCUAGGAGGUGGUGGUAUACACUUUUAAUCCUAGGACUCAGGACUCACACACCUUUAUCCCAGAAUUAGGGAGGUAUGUAAGGCAGGAGCAAGGUGUCAGUGUCAGGCAUUGAUUCUCCAGCCACAUUGAUGAUAAGAAGACAUUCAGUCUCGGGAUUCUCCAGCCACGCUGAGGAGAAGCAGCAGGAUCAGACCAUUCUGCUUGAGGUAGUGGUAAAAGCUAGUGGCCUGCUAGUUUGCUUUUCUGAUUUUCAGCUUAAAGUUUGGACCCCAA